AUGAUUAGCAAAACAACAUUGUUAUACCUCAGCAUUGCUACCACGGCCACAGCCAUUGGGGCAUGUGUAAUUUUAAAGCCGGCUUCCUUUUCUCAAUUUGGCUCUCAAUUUUCUAUAUUCAAAUGCCUUGGUCAGCGGUCUAGAUGCAGCAAAAGUAGUGUCAGCGCACUCAAGUCGCCCGAAGAAUGGGUUAGUUUCGAGGUGAUUGGAAAUUCCAAAGUGACACACAAUUCGCAUUUAGUUACCAUGAAACUACCCCUUGGGACGACCAGGCUAGGCCUUACCAUGAAUUCCUGUUUAUUGGCUCGAAUGAAGACAGCCACCGGAGACUAUCAUGUGAAGCCCUACACGCCAAUUUCGUCUGAAGAUGAAAUAUCGAAAAGCGGCACAUUUUCGCUUUUAGUUAAAAAAUACCCAAAUGGUACACUGUCUCGCCACAUUUGUGAGCUCAAGCAAGGGGAUAUGCUCGACAUGAAGGGACCCAUUGCAAAGAUAAAUUUAGAACAAAGGUCGCCUAAUGGCACUAUUGCUUCCCUUGAAGGUGUCAGCCGAUUAGCAAUGAUUGCAGGAGGGACCGGAAUAACUCCCAUGCUUCAGGCGGCAGAACAUAUCUUAAAAAGCACCCCAGAGAAAAACUCUCCAAAAAUAUCCUUAAUUUCUGCUAAUGAUUCCAGUGAAGACAUUCUUGCAUCUGAGCAACUGGAGAAUUUGGUCAACUUAUAUCCGAAUAGGAUUGAGGUUCAUCAUGUUUUGCGCAACAAUGAGGGCAUGAAAAGUGCAACAUCUGGUCUUGUGACUUGUACUGUUCUCGAAAAACUUUGUGUUGUUCCUGCAGAGACCCAAAAAGUUUUUGUGUGCGGUCCGCUGCCUAUGAUGACAGCUGUUUGUGGAUCGAAAGCUAAGAAUAUGGACCAAGGUCCUCUGGAGGGUGUCCUUUCCGAAUUAGGAUUCACAUCUGACCAGGUCUAUAAAUUUUAG